AUGUUGAUGCCAAAGAAACAUCGUACUCUUAUCUAUGAGUAUUUAAUGAAAGAAGGUGUAGUCGUUGCUGAAAAAGAUUUUGGUCUUGAUAAACAUCCGGCUAUUCCAGUACCAAAUAUACACGUUAUUAAAGCACUUCAAUCGCUUAAAUCACGCAAUUUGGUCAAAGAACAAUUUGCUUGGCGUCAUUAUUAUUGGUAUUUAAAUAAUGAAGGCACCAAUUUCUUACGUGAAUAUCUCAAUUUACCACCUGAAAUUGUACCAGCAACACUUAAACGGCCAACACGCCCUGAAGGAGCCAAAUCAGCUAAACGAGUCGAAAAUGUUCGACCAACAUCACCAUCUGCUGAUCAAAGUCGACAAGAAUAUCGUCGAGGUGGAUACGACAAACAAAGUGACGUUGGUGCUGGAUCAGCUCGACCUGAAUUUCGUGGUGGUUAUGGUCGAGGUCGUCAGCCUCCAGGUAAUCGUGGUAGUGCCGAUCAACAAUAA